AACAUCAAGAUGAACGUUCCUCCCUUCCAAGGGAAGAAUGACCCAGAAUUGUAUCUUGAUUGGGAGAGAAAGGUGGAGCUUAUGUUCGAUUGCCACAACUAUUCAGAGCUCAAGAAGGUGAAGUUGGCAGCAAUUGAGUUCUCCGAUUAUGCACUUGUUUGGUGGGAUCAGUUGGUGACGAGUAGGAGGAGAAACAGUGAGCCACCUAUUCAGACUUGGCAGGAGAUGAAGGCUGUGAUGAGGAAGCGUUUUGUGCCGAAUCAUUACUACCGCGAGCUUUUCAACAAGUUGCAGACUUUGAGGCAAGGCAGUCGGAGUGUGGAUGAGUAUUAUAAGGAGAUGGAGGUUGCCACGAUUCGAGCGAAUGUGGUGGAGGAGCGAGAGGCGACCAUGGCUAGAUUCUUGACUGGUUUGCAUUGGGAUAUUCGUGAUAAGGUGGAGUUGCAGCACUACGUUGAGUUGGAGGACAUGGUUCACAUGGCCAUCAAGAUCGAGAAUCAACUCAAGAGGAGGGGCAACAACAUUUCUAAUGGUUCCUCGUCAAAAGGGAAUCAAUGGAAAAAGGAGGCACCGCCGAGAGAGGAGAAGAAGCCGUUCGUUAGGUCCCGACCCGAGGGAACCGGUGCAGCAAAUCAGGGCAGUCCGGCCGUUUCUGAUGGUCGAAAUCGAGAUAAGAAGUGCUUCAAGUGCCAAGGCUUCGGGCAUAUUAUGAGUGACUGCCCGAACAGGAGAAUUAUGAUCUUGAGAGAUGACGGCGAAGUCGUGACGGAUGAUGGUACCGAUGAUGAGGAGGAGUGUGAGGAGAUUUUCGCGCCCAAUGGACAGCUUUUUGUAGCUAGGAGAGCUUUGAGUGUCCAAACUCAACCCAAUGAGCGAGAGCAGCGGGAGAACCUCUUUCACACGAGAUGUCUUGUUCAAGACAAGGUAUGUAGUGUGAUCAUUGAUGGCGGGAGUUGCACGAAUGUGGCUAGUAGAGCCAUGGUUGACAGAUUGGGGCUGACCACGGAGAAGCAUUCCAAGCCAUAUCGUUUGCAGUGGCUGAAUGAGACAGGCGUCAUCAAAGUGACGAAGCAAGUGAAGGUUCCGUUUCGCAUUGGGAAGUAUGAGGAUGAGGUUGUGUGUGAUGUGAUCCCUAUGCAAGCGAGCCACAUCCUGUUGGGGCGACCGUGGCAGUUUGAUCGCCGUGAGUUUGAUGAUGUUUUUCCCGACGAUACACCUGCCGGUUUACCACCAAUUCGAGGGAUUGAGCAUCAGAUUGACUUUGUGCCCGGCGCUACACUUCCGAACCGACCAGCUUACCGAACCAAUCCGGAGGAGACAAAGGAGUUGGAGAGGCAAAUUGGCGAGUUAUUGGCCAAAGGGCAUGUGAGGGAGAGUUUGAGUCCUUGUGCGGUACCCGUUCUACUUGUACCGAAGAAGGACUCGUCUUUGAGGUUUGUUGUUAGUGCGCAGGGUGUACAGGUUGAUGACGAGAAGAUACGAGCUAUCCAAGAGUGGCCAACGCCGACGAACGUUGCAGCAGUUCGAAGCUUUCAUGGACUUGCUAGUUUCUACAGGCGAUUCGUGCCUCAUUUUAGCAGUGUUGCAGCACCAUUGACGGAAGUCAUCAAGAAGAAUGUGGAGUUUAAGUGGGGCAAGGCGCAAGAGGAGGCAUUUCAACAGUUGAAAUACAAAUUGACCCACGCCCCGGUAUUAUCUCUUCCUAAUUUCUCCAAAUCUUUUGAGAUUGAAUGUGAUGCUUCUGGUGUUGGUAUUGGUGCAGUGUUGAUGCAAGAGAGACGACCCAUUGCGUAUUUCAGCGAGAAGCUAAACGGGGCGACAUUGAGUUAUCCCACGUAUGAUAAGGAGCUGUACGCAUUGGUGAGAGCUUUGCAAACGUGGCAGCACUACUUGUGGCCCAAUGAGUUCGUCAUUCACACGGAUCACGAGUCGUUGAAACACUUGAAGGGGCAGCACAAGUUGAACAAGCGGCAUGCAAGGUGGAUGGAGUUCAUUGAGACGUUUCCCUACGUCAUCAAAUACAAGCAAGGUAAAGAGAAUGUGGUGGCCGACGCACUUUCUCGGAGGCAUGAUGACUAUCUUUUUAGGAAGAAUAAGUUAUGUGUUCCUAAAUGUUCUUUACGUGAGUUGUUAUUGCUUGAGUCUCAUGGUGGGGGUUUGAUGGGACAUUUUGGCAUUGCUAAGACUUUAGCUGUUCUGCAUGAGCAUUUCUUUUGGCCUCAUAUGAAACGUGAUGUUGAGAGAAUUUGUGGUCGAUGUGUUACAUGUAAACAAGCUAAGUCUAGGGUGAGUUCCCAUGGAUUGUAUACACCAUUGCCUAUUCCUACAGCACCUUGGAUUGAUAUUUCUAUGGAUUUUGUGUUAGGUUUGCCUAGGACUAAGCGUGGUCGAGAUUCCAUCUUUGUGGUUGUUGAUCGAUUUUCUAAGAUGGCACAUUUUAUUCCAUGUCAUAAAUCUGAUGAUGCAUCUCAUGUAGCUGAUCUAUUCUUUAGAGAGAUUGUUAGAUUGCAUGGCAUGCCUAGGACUAUUGUUUCUGAUAGGGAUUCGAAGUUCUUGAGCUACUUUUGGAAGACUUUGUGGUGUAAGUUGGGUACUAAACUUUUGUUUUCUACUACUUGUCAUCCACAAACUGAUGGUCAAACAGAGGUAGUGAAUAAGACUUUGUCUACUUUGCUUAGAGCUAUUAUCAAGAAAAACAUUAAGUCUUGGGAAGAUUGUUUGCCUCAUGUUGAGUUUGCUUAUAAUCGUUCUGUUCAUUCUGCUACUCAAUUUUCACCAUUUGAGAUUGUGUAUGGAUUUAAUCCUUUGACUCCAUUGGAUUUAUCUCCCUUACCUGAGCAUCCCGGUGAUUGGGUAUGGCUGCACAUGCGCAAGGAAAGGUUUCCAUUGCAGCGGAGAUCCAAGUUACUUCCUAGAGGCGACGGGCCAUUUCAAGUGUUGGAGCGCAUCAAUGACAAUGCCUACAAGUUGGACUUACCAGGUGAGUAUAAUGUGAGUGCUUCUUUUAAUGUGACUGAUUUGAGUCCUUUUGAUGUAGGUGAUGCUUUGGAUUUGAGGACAAAUCCUCUUCAAGAGGAGGGGAAUGAUGCAGCCCAAGGUUCGUUAGUGCAAGACCCGGUGCAUGUUCCUGUUGGUCCGGUUACAAGAGCACGAGCCAAGAAGUUCAAGGAGAGCUUGAUGAGCUUAGUUCAA